GCUGGGAUGUGCUUCUCGGAGUAUGGGCGGGCCGUGACGCAUGAGCAUUCCUCUUAUCUUAAGAUUGCAUGAUGUACCGUCCGGCAAACGUAGACAUGAUUGUUUCCGUCCGAUGUUCGAGGCAGCCAGAUGGGGCUUAGUGGGCAGGCAGCGGGCCGUCCCUCCCCCGCCGCCACACUCCACACGUGCUUCAUCAGCCACGUUUCAUCCAUCCCGUCAACAAUUGUUCGUCUCGGAAUACGAAGGGCAUAGCAAGAUGAAGACGCCCCGUCUGCACAUCCCCUGCCCUCCGUAGUCACAAUGAGCGCCCUCUACAACUCCGCCCUCCGCCAAUCCAAAGCCAUCCGCGCCGACCUCGAUGCCUUCACCUCCUCCUCCGGCUCCAACGCGGCACUCCAAGGCCAACUCACCACCUCCAUAACCUCCUUCUCCCGCACCCUCGACGACUACCAACGCGCCAUCGACAGCGAGCUCGUCCCCGACAAAGCUACCAAAGGCAAAGAGCGCAUCACCAAUUUCCGCACCGACCUACUCGACUUUCGCUCGCGCUUUGCAGAACUGAAACACGAGCGCGAACAGGCGCAGCUCGCAAAUAACCGCAAUGAACUCUUUGGUCGCCGGCCGCACGCUGCUCAGACGCCUGAGAACCCCUACGCCGAUGCGGCUAUUACCAGUGCUACGAUAGGGAGAGGGGAGAACGUGAACCCACUCUUCCGCACCUCCAAUCCCAAUUUCCAGCCAGGGAGCAGUGGCGUCAAUUCGUACAGCGCGUACCAAUCACCGUACGGACUAGGGGCAGACGAGGCGCGAGAGAACCAUGCCCUGCGCGAACAGUCCUUCUUCAGCUCCACGAACAGCACGCUGGAUGAAUACAUUCAGCGCGGGCAGGCAGUUCUAGGAGAUCUGGGAGAUCAGCGGGAAGUGCUGAAGAACACGCAACGAAAGUUGUACAACAUCGGCACCACGCUGGGCAUUUCAGGAGACACGAUUCGCAUGGUGGAGCGAAGGGCGAAGCAAGACAAGUGGAUUUUCGGAGGAGGCGUGCUGGUGUUCAUCGUCUUUGUAUACUUUGUCUUGAGGUGGUUGAGAUGACCAGCCUCCGCAAGUGAUAGUUAGCGCGGCGUUGGGAGAAAUCUA